AUGUCGGGUAAUGGACGCAAGGAUAGAGGCCACACUAACAACUCUUUUUCUGGUAGUGUGAAGCAUGGGGGAUCCCAUAAUUCUACCGAAGAGCCACGUUAUAAUAUGCCGAUAGUGACAGAAGUUGUAGGCUUCAAUAGUCAUGAUGCAGAGGCAACCUUUCAGUCACCACAGACCCCAUACACACCGUUGGCAUCGAACAUGCCAUUAACGCAGCAUGGCUCCGCCUCUAGAGUUUUUCAAUACUGUAGGUUUGGGGAUCAAAAUAUUCACAACAUGUGUAUUCAUAUCUUUUGGGAGAAUUUGGAUCAUUCGUGGGCCCAGUUCAAUGAUAUUCCAAAUAAGGCUCUUACACAGAUGUUUUCGCUUUUCAGGACCAAGUACAUGUGGCAUUCACAAGAGAAUGAGAACAUAUUUGAUGCAUUCAAGUGUGUCCUCAAGGGUAGAUAUAGAGAUAGGAUGCAAGGAGGCAUAUCUGCAGGGGUUGGUCAACAAAUAUGUGAAGAUCCUGCAAAUGAUAAGGAUGAUGUAGAUGUAUGGGAGGAAAGCCACCUUAGAAGAAAAGGAAAGAAUAAAGGUGCUACCUCUGGGAUAGGAGCAUGA